AUGUCCAAGAAACAUAUCACAAGAGUUGCCAUUGUCGGAGCCACUGGCCGCAUCGGCGGAGCCUUUGCUCAGUCGCUUCUGCAAACAGGGCAGCAUACAGUCACAGCUCUCACCCGCGAAGACAGCCAGUCAAAACUCCCUAAUGGAGUCCGAGCCGUUCGAGUCAAGUACGACGAUGAGGACUCGCUUGUCAAUGCCUUGAAUGGCCAACAAUUCCUUGUCAUUACCCUGAGCGUCCGAGCCCCCGAGGAUCUUCACGCUAGGAUUACCGCAGCUGCCGGAAAGGCUGGUGUUCCUUACAUCAUGCCAAAUGCGUACGGAUUCCCUCUUAGCCCUGAGGGAGUGAAAGAUGGGGAUGCAUAUGGAAAGAGCGUUCUUGAACGAAUCAGUGAUGCUCAAAAUGGUGUCUCGUCCUCAGUGACAUUAUCAUGCGGGUUCUGGUACGAAUGGAGCCUGGCAAGCGGCGAGCAAUGGUUCGGCUUCACGAUCAAAGACCGAAAGGUCACGUUUUUCGACGAGGGUACUCGCAUCAUUAGUAUCAGCACUUGGGACCAAUGUGGUCGCGCUCUAGCUGCCCUCCUCAGCCUACCGGAGUCAGGAUCAACCCCUGCGCUUGUCGACUUCAAGAACAAGGAAGUCCGGAUCAAUAGCUUCCGCGUGUCGCAACGCGAUAUACUCGACAGUCUGCAUCGUGUCUUGGGCACUACAGACUCUGAUUGGGAGAUUACUCAUGAGAGUGUCGCUAAGCGUCUUGCAGACGGCGCCGACGAGUUGUCUAAGGGAAUUUUCACGGGGUUCGCUAAGAUGCUUUAUGGUGGUGUAUUUUCGCCAGCCAACAAGGAAGGUGAUUUUGCAGGGAUAAUGGAGUUGGCAAAUGAUACACUGAGGUUACCUAAGGAGGACUUGGAUGAAGCGACUCAGAGGGCGGUCGAUAUGGUGGCUGCAGGAUGGACUCCUUUCAGAAAGAUGUCCGAGAAGAUCAAAGAUGCAGUGCUUGCCGAGGUCAAGAGCAGUCAAGCAAUUGCCCAUGACGUGAUCACGUCUGGCGCCUACUUGUAUCCAUUCAAGGGAAUUGUCUACUUCGCAGCCCACAAAGACCUCUGGCGCCCUUUUAUCUCUCGCGCUGGCCGGACUAUCACACUGGGAGUAGGCGUCACGACCGUCAUGUUCUUCUUCACGUACGUGCCGCAGAUGGCCAUCAUGGCCUUCACCAGUGGCCCGCUCGCUGCUAUUUCCGCAGCGAUUCUCGUUCUCGGCGAAAGUUCCGCCAUAACAAGCGUCCUCUCCCGUUCAUUUCUCAUCGAAGAUGCCCUGAUCGACACGUUCGAUGGCACCCUAGUCGCGCGUGACCAGGAGCCACUUGUAGCACAAGGACGCCAGAUGAAGCCCCGUUCGGGAGGGAGAGAUGCGAUGGCUAGACUGGGUAAGAUUUUCACGCGGCCUCUCGCGCGGCUGAACCCCCGGGCGCUGCUGCGAUCAUUGCUCUACCUGCCCCUGAACCUCAUUCCUGUGGUCGGAACAGUGUUGUAUAUCUUCAUGCAGGGGAAAAGAGCAGGACCGAUACUUCAUGCCAGGUAUUUUCAGCUCAAGGGUUGGGAUUCUACAAUGCGAGAGGAAUGGGUGAAGAAAAACCAGGGCGCAUACACUGGACUUGGAAUUGCGGCCUUUGUUUUGGAAAUGGUACCAUUUGCCUCGAUCGCAUUUUCAUUCACGAAUACUGUUGGCGCAGCUCUCUGGGCUGCGGAUUUGGAGAAGGCAACUAAGUAG